AUGGCGCAACAAAUUAGUUUGGCCGACCAGGCAAAAUUGCAAGAAAUGGAGAUUGAAAUGAUGGCUGAUCUAUACAGUAGAAUGACAAAUGCAUGUCACAAGAAAUGUAUACCACCAAAAUAUAAUGAAGCAGAAUUAGGAAAAGGGGAAUCCGUUUGCAUAGAUCGAUGUGUAGCAAAAUAUUUAGAAAUUCAUGAAAGAGUAGGAAAAAAAUUGUCGGCAAUGUCUACACAAGAUGAAGAUCUUAUGAAAAGAAUUGGAAUGGAACAGCAAAAAUAGUUUUUUUUUUUUAAAUUCCAACUUAGUUUGUUAAAAAACUUGAAUUAUUUUUUUUUAUUCUCAAAAUGUGUAAUAUGGUAUUUGCAAUUCUGGUCUUUUAAUUAACAUACAUAAUUUACGUUACUUACAAAUUAGAAUAAAAAAUAGUUGUUUUUAAA